GGGGCCGGGCGGCGGGAAGCCUGUGGCUCAGUCCCCGACAGCUCCGCGCUCCGGGCGGGUGUGCGGCUGCCGCGCCGCCUGUUGCUCGCGCCUCCGGGCCGCCGCUUCUCGCCCGCGGUCCAGGGGCAGGCGGCCCGAGGGGUGCCACGCACGGGCAGCCUCCCGCCCCCCCCCGUCCUCGCGCCUGGGGGGACCUCCCAAAGCCGGCCCGCGGAGCGCGCCCCGAGAGCCGCGCGCCCGGCGCGAUGAACGCGACCUUCCUGAACCAGAGCGACCUGGAGGCGGCAGGCGGCGUCCAGGAGAACCGCAGCCACGGCCUGGGCACGUGGCUGGGCUGCUGCCCGGGGGGCGCGCCGCUGGCCGCCAGCGACGGGGUCCCCGCGGGGCUGGCGCCCGACGAGCGCAGCCUGUGGGUGGCGCGCGUGGCGCAGAUCGCCGUGCUCUGCGUGCUGUCGCUCACCGUGCUCUUCGGCGUCUUCUUCCUGGGCUGCAACCUGCUGCUCAAGUCGGAGAGCAUGAUCAACUUUCUGGUGCAGGAGCGCCGGCCCUCCAAGGACGCGGGCGCCGCCAUCCUGGGGCUGUACUGAGCGCCCGGCGCGCCCCUGGGCCACCCGCCUCGGGGGCUGCUCGGAUACACGAGCCCCCGGGCCCGCAGCCACGUCCUCCGGCCCGGAGCAUCCCGAGGCUCGAGGCGCGGCGGCAGACUGCCCCGGACGGGCGCCCCGCCCCGGCGACACGGCGCGACUCGCAGAAAGGGACCUCCUUACCCGGCUCCUCGGUCCAACGUGCUCUCCAGCCUUGCGGGAGGGAGUGGGGAGGGGAUUCCUAACUUUAAAAAAAAGAAGAAGAAGAAGAAGAAGAAGAAGAAGACGAAGAAAGAAGAAGAAGAUUGCAACUUGGGGCUUAAGUCGCUCGCAUGGGGCGUUUUGUGUGUGCGCGUGGGGGUGCGGGGAGAGAUGCAGGAUCCAGGACUCAGCUGAUCUCGCAUCUAAAAAGAAAUCUUGUAAUAAAACUGCAGCCGUCGGGCCUGACCUUCA